AAUAAUGAACUGGAACUAAUAAAAGAUGGCUCAAACUCUACAGAUCGUAAGGGCACAUGUGGAGAUUUGACUAACAAUGAGAAGACCUUUCCUGAUUCUGAAGACAGAGUACAUGUGGAAACAUAUGAAGACCAUUGUGUGUUUACUAUUGAAGGAGCUGAGAAGGAAGAUGAGGGAAUCUACAAAGUUACAGUGAAAAAUCCAGCUGGAGAAGAUACAGCUGAUAUCACUGUAAAAGUUAUUGAUGUGCCUGAUCCACCAGAAGCUCCUAAAAUCACUGAUGUUGGUGAAGACAACUGCAUGGUGCAGUGGCAGCCACCUAAGUAUGAUGGAGGACAGCCAAUACUGGGAUACAUCUUAGAGAGGAAGAAGAAGAAGAGCUACAGGUGGAUGAGGCUGAACUUUGACCUUUUGAAGGAUCUGACUUACGAAGCUAAGAGAAUGAUUGAAGGAGUUGUUUAUGAGAUGAGAAUUUAUGCAGUGAACUCAGUUGGCAUGUCCCGGCCUAGUGCUGCCUCACAGCCUUUCAUGCCAAUUGCUCCUCCAAGUGAGCCAACACACUUUACUGUAGAAGACAUUUCUGACACUUCUGUUACCUUGAAGUGGAGGCCACCUGAACGGAUUGGAGCAGGAGGAUUGGAUGGCUACAAUAUUGAGUACUGUAAAGAAGGAUCCACAGAAUGGAUUUCAGCUGUUCCUGAUCCCAUCGAACGCACAUCUCUCCUACUUAAAGAUUUGGUUACCGGUGACAAAUUGUAUUUUCGCAUCACUGCUUUAAACUUAGCAGGGGCGAGUCAACCAGCAAUGAUCAAGGAAUCAGUUACUGUUCAAGAGAUCUUGCAGCGUCCUAAAAUUAGGCUGCCACGCAAUCUCAGACAGACUUUAAUGAAGAAAGUUGGUGAUACAAUCAACAUUGUAAUUCCUUUCCAGGGUAAACCUAGACCUAAAGUUAUCUGGAAAAAGGAUGAUCUGCUAAUAGACUCCGAGGACGUGGGAAUUCGAAACAGCAACACAGAUACUAUCCUAUUUAUCCGAAAGGCAGAGCGUCACCAUUCUGGAAAAUAUGAAGUAGAGGUGCAAAUAGAAAACAUGAGUGACAAGGUCACAAUUACUAUGCAGAUUAUGGACAAGCCUGGUCCUCCUCAGAAUGUUAAGAUUGUGGACGUGUGGGGGUUCAAUGUUGCACUGGAAUGGACGCCUCCCCAGGAUGACGGCAAUUCUCAAAUCACAGGGUACAUGGUCCAGAAGGCAGACAAAAAAACAAUGGAAUGGUAUACUGUUUUUGAUCACUAUCGGCGCACUAACUGUGUAGUAUCUGAGCUGAUCAUGGGAAAUGAAUACUAUUUCAGGAUUUUCAGUGAAAACUUGUGCGGGCUGAGUGAAAAUGCUACCACCACCAAAAACUCUGCCUACAUUAAUAAGACAGGAGCAGUUUACAAACCACCUAACUACAAAGAGCACGACUUCUCUGAAGCACCAAAAUUCACCCAUCCACUUUCAGAUCGCUCGGUAGUUUCUGGGUACAAUGCAACACUCAGCUGUGCUGUCAGAGGAAGCCCAAAGCCCAAAAUCUUCUGGUUCAAAAACAACAUGGACCUUUCCAGAGAUGCCAAGUACCGCAUGUUCAGUAAGCAUGGAGUGUUGACUUUGGAAAUCCGCAAGCCCAGCCCAUUUGAUGGAGGCAUUUAUACCUGCAAGGCUGUGAAUGAAUGUGGUGAAGCAGAAAUAGAAUGUCGACUGGAUGUUAGAGCACCACAGUAAAAUUCUAAGCAACUGGCUGUCAGCAAGUCCAGGUAUGGAGCCAAGUUGUUUUGUCAAAUAAAAACAAAAAUGGAAAUUUGGGGAAAAUCAGAAGAGGCAAGCAACAUAAAGGAAAACCCAAGAGAGGCCUGUCAGCCCCUCAAAGCUCUAAUUAUGUAGCUUCUGGAUGCCAGAAAUGCCACUCAUCACUCCCGCUCCCAAGGAAAUUGCAGAAUGAACUCAUUGCUUAAUUCAUUUCCUGAUGCGGUUUCAGUCUCUUGUGCUGCUUUGCUCCCAAUUUUUAAGACUGUUAUUCUUGAUAAGAGCUUCCACACGCUCCCAGUUAUAUACAUGGCAACUAGCAACUUUGUAACUGUUACUGAUGGUUUUGCAACGAUAGACCCUGUUUGACCACAAGCAAGGUACGUGAGAUCUAUAGACAGGAAAUCUACAGCAAAUGCAGUCAAGUUAAAAAAAAAAAACAGCAAUACCAACAA